AUGACUCCGGCAGUACUCAGCAAAUUGAGACGAUGCUUCAAGAAAAAUAAAGAAAGGACCAAAGCUCAGGAUAUCGACAGGCGUGUAGAGGAAGUGAUGAGAGCGGCAGCAGCUGAAGAGGGCAUCGAGUUCGCGGAGGCUGAUCCCCCGCCACAAGACUCGCUGUGGCUGGAUGAAGCUGGAUUUGUUACUUCACUGGAUUCAAUAUUUGGUCACCACAAAUACACAACCCAUGCACAUAAGCUGUUCCAACUGUUGGACAGCUUCAGCAGUGGCAAGGUAUGGUGGAGACAACUAAUAUGUCGGCUGGUAGCCGUUGGAGCCAAGAAAACGAGCACCAGAGCUGAAGUGUGGAAGCCACUCAGUGAACAGGAUAUCAAGAGGCUGGACCACUGCAAGCGGGAGACGCUGGUGAAGCUGGUGUGUGUGGAGCGUGAGGAUUCGUUCUGUUACGUGGCGGUCUCUCGUGGUGGACGAGUCGGCGUCUACAGUGGUGACAUGCGUCUAUUGCAUUCUUAUGAGAUGUUUUACCAUCGGUCAGGGGUCCGCAAACGUGUUAAAAACCGAUGGAUAACCGACGCAAUAUACUUACCGGAUGCUCAGUACCUCAUGAUGUCCGCAUCAGACCGCAGCUUGACGGUGUAUGACGCUGCAACAUUAUCACACACGCCCCUCUUCUGUAUUACUGGACUGCCAAAUAUUCCUACAUGCAUGGCGUACACUCCAUCCUCGCGUUCAUGUGACACCUCGGAACUGGCUUUCGGCACAGAGCGCGGAGACAUCACGCUGAUUAGAUUCCUCCAGCCGAAGCUACAACUGUUCCACACCAAGACACCCGAUGCUAUCAAUUAUUACUUCUGGAUGGGAGUCACUUGCUUCCACAUAGUAUCGGCGCUACACUUGGUCGCGACAGGCGGCUGUGAUGGCUCAGUGCGACUGUGGCAGCCCUGUGGCCGCGCACCUUUCGCUACGCUUGCAGCUCCUACCUCGCCUGCAAUAUUAGACUUAGCCAUAGUAGCUGCACACGAACUCAUCAUCGCAUUCUGAGUUCUCGGCAAGAAGGUGGAGUUCGGCCCGUACUGUAUACAUCCUGCAUCAUCUACGACUCCUCGAUUGCGACCCUCGUUAGCUCCAACUCCUCAACUUCUGUCGCCUUCAACAGCUGAGUUCCCUCUUACUGAUCUUGAUACAUUACUGGAGAAUGCAGGUUUACAAGGUAUUUUGGAGAAAGAUUUCGUUCUUAUGCAAGGACUUAAGAAUGAUCUGAAUAAGAAAUUGGCAGAAAUGGAAGCAAACAAGCAAGUGAUGACAAAUGCAGUGUCUGCAGGAGCGCCGUACUUGGCGUUGAAGACAUACGACCCGAGCCUCGUGGAGCCGGUCGAUGAGAUGCUGGACGAGUACAGACGAGUUAUGAAAUGA